AUGGUGCAGCGCGACAAUCUACUACCUGUGGCCUUUGGCGGGGUGCUCAUUUCGCUCGUCAUGAUGCUCGCCAUGCCCUUUAACCUGCUCGUCGUCGGCGCGCUGGCCACGUUUCUGCUCGGCAUCCUGGGCAGCUUCUACAGCGGCGAUGCCAUGGGCAAGGUCAAGUCGGCAGUCACCUCGACGGAAAUUUUCGCCGAGCAGAUUCCGUCGCAGACAAUGCACGAUUCGGAGGACGCGAUUGAUAUGCUCGAGAGCUUUAGGCGCGCGCAGGAACCAAUCAAGGGCUCGCGCCACGAGACUGAAAAGGAGAGGCUGCUGCAAAGUCUGCGGCGCGACCGCAAUUGGUCGUCCACGCACCCGCGGCACCGCCUGCUGGACGCGCUCUUUGGCUUCCAGAGCUACUACGAGAGACAGCAGGUCGAGCUCGAGCGCUUUCGCGGCCUCUACAAGCACCUAAGCAAGAAGCACAAGACGCUGCUUGACCUCCACAUCCAGUACUCGUCCAAGUUUGACCGUGUCGAUGAGCACCUCCUCCUCAACCAGCGGCUCUGCGACAAGAUUGUCCAGACUGCGCUCGCCUACUACCAGAUCCCGCCCGCGGAGCUCAAAAAGCACGCCGCCGAGACCCUCUCCGCCGGGAAGCGCGCCGACAGGACGUCCGUCUCGCAGGCGCUCAAGCACUAUGUCCGCGACUGGUCCUCGUCAGGCCACACCGAGUCCGAGGAGACGUUUCCCGCGCUCCUCGGCACGCUAGAGGCGCUGUUUCCCAACCGAAAGGAACGGGAACAAGACGCGCCGCCGCUGCGGGUGCUGCUGCCCGGGUCGGGCGUGAACCGCCUCGCGCACGAGGUGGCCAAGUUGGGCGGCUUCGAGGUCACGGCCAACGAGUGGUCCGCGUACAUGAAUGUCGCGUACCGCUUUCUCGAGACGUUUCCAGACACAAACGCGUCGUCGUUUCAUCCAUUCGCCGACACGUGGUCGCACCACAUCACCGAGGACGACAUGGUCCGCACCAUUCGGUUUCCAGAGGUCGACGUGGACCGCGCGGCGGUGCUGCUCGUAGAGGGCGACUUCACCACCGUCUUCAACCACGAGCCCGGCUCGUACGACGUGCUGCUGACGUAUUUUUUCAUCGACACGGCGCGCAACCUCAUGAUGUACUUUGACACAAUCACCAAGCUGCUCAAGCCCGGCGGCUACUGGAUCAACCUCGGCCCGCUGCUGUACGGCACCGGCCCGCUGGUGCAGCUCUCGCUCGAGGAGAUUCUCUCCGUCACGGAGACGAUGGGCUACGACUACGUCGAGACGGAGGAAAAGUACGGCAGUCUGACGAUUCCGGGGCGCACGGUCCGCGGCAUGCGCGCCGUGUACAGCUUCAACGACAAGGCGCUCACCACCAGUGCGUACAAGGCGCAGUUUUGGGUAGCGCGGAAGCAGUAA